AUGAUCAAGCCCUCCUCCGUCACACCGGCGCUGGACACCUCUGACUGGCCUUUGCUCCUCAAGAACUACGACAAACUGAAUGUUCGCACUGGACACUACACCCCCAUUCCCAACGGUUGCUCGCCACUGAAACGUGACAUUGAGAACUACGUCAAAUACGGUGUGAUUAACCUCGACAAACCCGCCAACCCAUCGUCCCACGAAGUUGUCGCAUGGAUUCGUAGGAUUCUGAGGGCCGAAAAGACCGGUCACUCUGGAACCCUUGACCCUAAGGUUACGGGAUGUUUGAUUGUUUGCAUUGACCGUGCUACUCGUUUGGUCAAGUCGCAACAGGGUGCUGGAAAGGAGUAUGUUGCCGUCCUCCGUCUCCACGAUGCCAUCGAAUCCGAAAAGAAGCUGGCACAAUCUCUGGAAACCCUCACGGGAGCCCUCUUCCAGCGUCCCCCAUUGAUCUCCGCCGUCAAGCGUCAACUGCGUAUCCGUACCAUCCACGAGCUCAAGCUCGUCGAGUUCGACAACGACCGCCACCUCGGGGUGUUUUGGGUCAGCUGUGAGGCCGGUACCUACAUCCGUACCCUUUGUGUGCACUUGGGUCUUUUGCUCGGUGUGGGAGGUCACAUGCAGGAACUGCGUCGUGUACGCUCGGGAGCUACGGGAGAGCAUGACAACUUGGUGACAAUGCACGAUAUUUUGGACGCUCAGUGGGUGUACGAUAACACCAAGGAUGAAUCUUACCUCCGCCGCGCCAUCCGGCCCCUCGAGUCCCUCCUGACAACCUACAAGCGCAUCGUCGUAAAAGACAGCGCGGUCAACGCCAUCUGCUACGGCGCCAAGCUCAUGAUCCCCGGUCUCCUCCGCUUCGAGUCCGGCGUCGACAUCAACGAGGAGGUCGUGCUCAUGACCACAAAAGGUGAAGCCAUCGCCCUCGCCAUCGCCCAGAUGUCCACCGCCGAAAUGGCCACCUGCGAUCACGGCGUCGUUGCCAAGAUCAAGCGUGUCAUCAUGGAGCGCGAUACCUACCCGCGACGAUGGGGAUUGGGACCGAAAGCUCAGGAGAAGAAGAAGCUGAUCAAGGACGGACACUUGGACAAGUUUGGACGACCUAAUGAGACGACGCCUGCGACGUGGAAGAAGGACUUUGUUGACUACUCCGCUGGUCAAGUCGACACGGCCAAGCCGAAGGUUGACUCGGUCUCGGCGCCGGCGCCGGCGUCUCCCGCCAAGCCGUUGAUUGAGGAGGUCAAGUCGAAGAAGAGGAAAGCGGAGGAGGAGGAGCCAUCACCGGAGGGAGAUGAUAAGGAGAAGAAGAAGAAGAAGAAGAAGAAGGAUGCUGAGGGUGAUGCUGAUGAUGUACGUUUAUGGGGAAGCCGUACCACUUUCUGCGCUUUCCGAUGA